GCGGGGGUUGGAGGAGGGGCGCGGGCGCUGCGGCCCCUGCUCUACCUCCUAGCGGCAGUGCGGGGCCGAGGCCGCACUACCUGGCUGCUGGAAAGCGGGAUCCACCCCAGGACGUCGGGUCGCUGCCGACAUAAUGUCAAGUGGAAAUGAUCAGCAGUCAGAGGCUCUUAGCAAACCCACUUUCAGUGAGGAACAAGCCUCCGCGUUAGUGGAGUCAGUGUUUGGGUUGAAAGUUUCCAAGGUCCGGCCACUUCCUAGCUAUGAUGACCAAAACUUUCAUGUCUACGUUUCAAAAACCAAAGAUGGCCCAACUGAAUAUGUCCUCAAAAUAAGCAACACCAAGGCUAGCAAAAAUCCAGACCUGAUUGAAGUGCAGAAUCACAUCAUCAUGUUUCUGAAAGCAGCUGGAUUUCCAACAGCCUCUGUGUGUCACACUAAAGGAGACAACACAGCUUCUCUUGUGUCUGUAGAUAGUGGCUCUGAAAUCAAAAGCUACUUGGUGAGGCUGCUGACUUACCUCCCAGGAAGACCCAUCGCUGAGCUUCCCAUCAGCCCCCAGCUAUUGUAUGAAAUUGGAAAACUAGCUGCCAAAUUGGAUAAGACACUGCAGAAAUUCCAUCACCCAAAGUUAAGUAGUCUUCAUCGGGAGAACUUCAUCUGGAAUCUGAAAAAUGUUCCUCUUCUGGAGAAAUACCUGUAUUCCCUGGGCCAGAAUCGAAACCGAGAGAUUGUUGAGCAUGUCAUUCAUCUGUUCAAGGAGGAAGUAAUGACCAAAUUAAGUCAUUUUCGAGAAUGUUGACUGCUCAAGCUAAAAACUGGGAACCAGAAAAAUGGACUGAAACUUGGGUUUCACUUCCAGACCAGAGUUGAUCCUCUGAAUUGAUGAAACUGUACAGAUUUCCCUCGAUUGCCCCUGCUAACAUGGAUUUCCUUUCACUCAAUUCCUAAUGCAAAUAUUGCUGACCACUGUUUAGAUGUUUACAUGCUGCAUUACAUUGAUAUUUUACUAUUUGGUAUUUGUUCUAACUUGUCUCCAAUCAAUCAAUUUCCUGUGGUUUAUAUAACCUCUUUGGUGGCUGUGAUGGUUAGUUUUAGGUGCCAACUUGCCUGGAUUAAGGGACACAGAGAUAGGUAGUAAAGCAUUAUUCCUGAGCAUGUCUGUGCGAAAGUUUCCAGAAGAGACUGGCAUUUGAAUCAGUAGCUGAGUAAGGAAGAUCCCCUUCACCAGUAUGGGUGGGCAUCAUCCCAUCUGUUGAGGGCCUGGAUAGAACAAAAAGACAAAGGAAAGAUGGAUUCAGUCUCUCUCCUGGGACAGCCAUCUUCUCUUGGCCUCAGAUAGCAAAACUCCAGGUUCUUGGCCUUCAAACUCCAAGACUUAACCAGCGGCCCCUCAGGUUCUUAGGUCUUCAGCCUCAGACUGAGAGUUACACCAUCAUCUCCUCUGGUUCUCAAGCCUUUAGACUCAAACUGAAACACACAAUUGGCUUCACUGGUUCUUCAGCUUACAGACAGCAAUUGUGGGACUUCUUAGCCUCCAUAAUUUAUUUCCAUAAUAAAUCCCCUCCUGUUUAUCUACCUAUCCAUCCAUCCAUCCCAUUGAUUCGGUUUCUCUGGAAGACCCUAAUACAAUACAUAAAUUAAAUAUUUAUUUUACUUUACUUUCGGGACCUAGCACCAUGCCAGGCCCCUAGAAGACCCAGUAAAGAUCUGUUGAAUAAACUGUAAGAAUGAACACACCACUACAAGUGCCAGGUCCUGGUCCUUUCAAACAACGUGGAGAAAACCCAGUUCCAGAUUUAGGAAUCAAUACCAUAUGUCUGGCAAAGACUCUUUGCUUUUGCAAGUGCCUUCUUCUGUCCAGGCUUUUAGCACCCCUGGACUACAACAGAACUUUACUUUCUGGUGUUCUUAGUCUCCCUAACCUCUGCACUUCAUAUUAUGUAGGCAGAUAAAAACUCUGGUUACAUAUAUUGCUGUGUGAUGACCAAAAAAAUUGUGGCUUAAAACUUUAAUCAUUUUCUUAGCUCACGGUUUCUGGCAGUCAUGAAUUCAGACAGGCCCUGGGACAGUUUGUCUCUGCUCCCCAGUGCUGGGGCCUCAGCUAGGAAGACUUUAAGGCUGGGAGAGAUUUGAUGCCGGGGAGAGACUCAAUCACUGUGUAACCGAACACUCACUUCUUACAGAGUCCAAUUGACAAGGGUGAGGUAUAAUAGAAAGACAGAAUUUAUUAACCAAAAAUAGUAAAGGGAAAGCAAUUGGAUUCCUAUCCAAAUUAACGGCUUCUAUUUUUAGGAAGAAGGCAGGGGCUUAAAAAGAGAAAACUUGAUAAGGAAGGCAUGCAAGAACUGGGCUGAGUACAAUGUCUGUGUGUCUUAUUCUAGUGGCUAUCUUGGGUCCUGGUCCACCUGGACCCUGGGCUGAUGGCAUUUCAACAACAGCCAGGUUGUUAACUAGCUGCCUUGAAGUAAUCUCUGGAACUUUGCAGCUGGGUCUCCAGACUUGGUCUGUGUGUCUCAGGAUUGACCCCUGGAACUUCUAAGAAGACAUAAUUAGAUACUAGUAGACAGUUAGAUAAAUGUGAAGGGAGUAUAUACAAUGAGAAAGGGAGGGAUGUGGACUCUAGAAAAGGUUUCUGCAGUUUGCUUCAAGGUUAUAUCUUUAAACCCAAGGAAAAGGGGAAAAAUUUUUUUAAUGCAGUUUGAAGCUAAGCUGCCUGGUUACAACUGGGUACUAGGAUCAUCUGGAGGAAUCUUCACUCAGCUGUCUGGCAGGUGACACUGGGACUUCAUCGAGGCUGUUGGCCAAACACCUCUCCAUGUGGCCUUUGCUUCCUCACAGCAUAGUGCCUGGGUCCCAAGAACGACCAUCCCAAGAGGACAAGACAGAACCAUAUCACCAUUUGUGAUCUGCUCUUGGAAGUCACAUGAUAUCACUUCCAUUGUAGUCACAGGCUCACCCAGAUUCAGAAUAAGGGGACACAGAACCUCUCCGUGGGAACCAUCUGUGUGGCGCAUUGUAAGAGGAACAUGUGGGAUGAGAGAUGUUGAGGGUUCAUCAUCCUAAAACAUCACUUUAAUCCUGUCUUCCCAUUACUGACCAAAACAAAUUCUGGCAUUAAAGGCACUCUACACUUUGGCCUCAAAUGCCUUUCCUUACUUGCUGUAUUAUCUCCUCCAUUCAGAUCAGACCGAACUACUCAGUCACCCACACUUGUCAGACUCAUUCUUCUCUUGCCCUUUUUCUCAACUAAUCCCUCUUUUGACCUGAGAAAUUCUACCUCUCACUUAAAAGUGACUGUUCACUGAAUUCUGCAGAAUGAACUAAGGUGGCAGGCAGGGGCCCUCAGAGAUGCCAUAAGUUACACCACCUGAGGAUGCUUUCAGAGCACCACCUGCGUGUGGCUCUUUGCCAUCUUGCCUUGGCUCACUUCCCUGUGUGCUUGGAAAGUAGAGACGAUAGGCGAGACCUCAAAAUGCAACUUACUUCCAAGCUAUCUCCUUUUCAAAGCCCAGAUCCCCCAAUAAUUUUGCAGCCAACAUGAAGAGGACAGUUUCUGCUCAAUGGGCUCCUUUCUGGGAAAGACUGUGAGCAGAUGGCUUCAUAUGAACCCAGAUCUAGUCAACCUUUUAGCCUGAAAAAAUCUAAAAUGAAUAGUAGAUAGUUUACAUACGGACCGAGGCUGAAUGAGCAAAAAGGUGGAGAGAUGGAUAAUGAACACAAACAAUUAUGACAAUUUCAGUAAAGAAGAUAAAAUGGUGCGAGUAUAUGAUGACGGUAGGGUAUUGCUUUAACUAUGCUGGUCAGGGAAAUCCUUUCUGACUGGUGAAAAGCAGAGAAAGAGACCAAGGUGAAAAUUCCCCCAAAAGUGUGAACCUCAUCAUAAUUUUUUUAAAUUUAAUUUUUAGAGCCAGUGUCUUUCUCUGUCACCCAGGCUGGAGUGCAGUGGUGCGAUCAUAGCUCACCACAGCCUCAAACUCCUAGCCUCAAGCCAUCCUCCUGCCUCAGCCUCCCAAAGCUGUGUAAUUACAAGCGUGAGUCACCAUGCCCGACCCUCAUCAUCAUUUUUUUUUUUUUUUUUUUUUUUGAGAUGGAGUCUCAGGCUGGAGUGAAGUGGCGCACUCUCGGCUCACUGCAACCUCCGCCUCCCGAGUUCAAGCGAUUCUCGUGCCUCAGCCUCCCAAGUAGCUGGGAUUACAGGCGUGCACCACACACCCGGCUAAUUUUUGUAAUUUUAGUAGAGACGGUUUCACCAUGUUGGCCAAGCUGGUCUCGAACUCCCGACCUCAGGUGAUCCACCCGCCUCGACCUCCCAAGGUGCUGGGAUUACAGGCAUGAGCCACCCAGCCUUCCUCAUCAUAAUUUAUAUGUCCAAAAUGUAUGCAUCAGCAGUAAAAGUGAAAGCCAGAAUGAAAAAGGAAGGUGAGGAGAGGGGUAAAGUCUCAUGUGGUCGGAACCAUUUUGGGAAACAGGACAGGAAUGAUAGCAAUUAAGAAGCCGGUCUACACUAUUUGCUAUCCUAGGUCUGAAUAGUGAAGAGAAAGUGAAAGGAGAGCGCCAAGGGUAAGAGAAAGAAAUUAGCUAUUCCACCUCCUGGUUGGCUACUGUCUUCCUGUCCUCCUCCCCAUGGCACAGCAACUCCUCCACCUGCUGAGGACCCUAGCCUAAGCUGCAGCGCCCCAGAGCCUCAGCACCCCGGCGCCCCAGCUCCCACGAGGG